AUGCGUAUAUUCGAAGGCGUCCAGAAAGGUCCCACGAGGGAAAGUUAUAGGCACUAUAGUGAAAAAAUCUAUUUCUCAUAUCUGCAAAAUCACAAUCAAUUUCAGAAUGGAUAUUUGGGCCUGCAACCUUCGAGAGUUGUUGGCUCCUUUCACCUACGCUAUCCUCACGACCACCCUUUAAAAGCCGAAAGAAUUGAUUUGUACUUUAAGGGAAAAUCCAGUGUACGUUGGAGAAACGGGGACAAUGAGAUUACGUCUCAUAAGAAAUUUUGUAAACUCUCAAAAACCGUUUGGUCUUCUUGUGUUCCGGGAACUUAUGAAAAUUUGGUUUCACUGGAUAUACCUUUUGAAUUUAACCUGCCUGAUCAUAUUCCAGCAUCGGUUCUCACCUUAACGCCAUUCGACAGUGGAGAUAUCACCUAUAGCAUAAAGGCCAAGGUACGCAGGAGUUCAAAUUAUUUGCAUUUCCAGGGUCACACGAAAAUAAUUGAAUGUUGGCUAGACAUCAAUCGAUGGACGCUACCACCCACGCCUGAUUAUUCUCCAAAACCAUUGUGUUAUGAAACUUCAACCUUUAAAUGCCUCGUAUCGCUAGAUCAAUCGAAAUUCGGAACUACCGAUGUUAUUCAUGUUCCCAUAAAACUAACCCUGAUUGACAUGAGAGCAUUCGUGAAAAGGAUUGUGGUCAUAUUAAAAGAAUACAAUAGACUGAAAGCGAAAUUUCAAAGAAAGCUCAUUAAAGGACGUGUGAUUGUAGAUGCUGUUGAAGGUGAUAAAGUGCUAUCCUUGAACGAUGAUAAUGAUUUCAUGGUGACGAUGAAGUUAGAUUUAUCACAAAAAAAGAUACAUUGUACGUGUGAAACUGAUUUAAUUGACAUCUGGUAUAAGAUUAAGGUUAAGGUUUACAUGGGAAAUGCUGGAGUUAGUUGCAAGACCUUGGAGAAGGAUGUGGAGAUUUACGAUGUUUUAAAUGAUGUGGCAUUGAUGGAAAACGCUGACGUUGACACGAGUUGGAUUACCGAGCCAUCCGAUGAGAUUGAAAUCGCGACUUAA